GCGGAAUGUUAUUCCGGGCGGAACGUACGGGAAGGCGUUUUUUGACGCACAAAGAUUUGUUCCUACGGUCUUUCGGGUUUCGGGCUUAUUUCCACUUUCAAGUCUAGGCCUGACCCGCACAUGCAACUCUCCCUCCGCGGUGGUGUGAUGUGAAAAGGUCCACUAGGAUGGAUGAAGAUGUCUCAGAUCAAGCCGGUCCCUCUCUCCCAAUCGCCACUCUGCGCCUUCUGGUUCCACCAAUUCGCCUCGUCUCUGCAGCCAUCUGGAAGACCAUAGAACACAAGAUUGUAUCGGAUUAUGGACUGCUUGAGGAGUUUGUGUUUAUGGUCACUGAAAGAGUUCCUCAGCUUCUUUCAGCCAGACAGCGUGCUGAACUUAUUUUGGGUCUAAGAGCUCGGCUUAUCCUGGAGCUUUGCCGCUCAGAGGAGACUGCCAACUUCCAGGUCAUUCAACCACACCUUGAUCGAAUGCAAGACCUUCAAACUCUUUGGAAAGUGGAGACUGAUAGUGCAGCACCAGAUAUUUGUGACUCAAAUUUUAUGGGCCUGGUGCGAAAUCUUCUGCGAGAUUCUGAAGAAAGAAAGAACUUCUAUCAAGAUGUGUUUCCUGAAGACUUUGGCCCUACUUAUGACAAAGCAAUCCAGACAUUGAUGUGGCUGUUUCUCUCCAGACUUGAAAAGCUUCUUCCAAGUCAGUCUCUCCAUCAGAUCGCGUCUUUGCUCAGUGAUUCUUCUUCAGUUCUGAAAGACUGCUUGAAGUCUUUUACUGCAUCUGAGGGGCUCAAAACCGUGUUGGACACUCACAAAGACCUCAGCCAGUUGGAGGAUGUUGAUUCUUGCGAGGUUGAUAGCGGCAUCUUGUCCGCCUUGUGUCUUCCUCCAGCAAAAAGAGUUGUAAUCGUCAAUGAGCAGACAGGAACGGAUACAGAGAGUCGCCUUGUUUAUACAGUUGGCAAAGAGAUGGAGGUUGAGUCUGAGAACAAAAUGGCCUUUUCUGAAGAGAAUGUGCAAACGCCGUGGUUGGGAAUCAGUAAUGAGGGGAAAGCGGAUGUCGGCACAGAUGGCAUUGAUUGUGAAAUGGACGACCACCAUGAACAACUUUCUGAAACUCUGAUCAUUGGGGAGGAUGGGAAAGUGACAGUGCUUGACAACAUAGGAAAAACGCCAAACAGACGUGGUAGGAAAAAAAAGCGUCUUGCCGAUGAAGACUUCCAAAUGCCAGCUGGUGCAACGGAUCCAGAUAUUGAUUUGCUAAAAAGACCAAUGCGAAAGAACCGUGGGCUCAAGAUGAAACGCCUUCUGUCACAGUGGAGAAAAUCUGAAACACCCACCGACAGUGGUGGCCACAGCCCUGGAAGGUUCUCGGGGUCCCUUGACUCAGCUGAAAGCAAUGACCUGGAUGAGAGAACUUGCAAAGUCUGUGGCAAGGUAGUGAGUCAUGUCAAAUUCAUGGAGCGCCACAUGACUCAGCACUCGAAAGAGCUACAUUACUCUUGCACACUGUGUCAAAGAAGUUACAAGAGUAUUCGGUACUUACAGCAACACAAAUGUCAAAGUGGGACAAAUCAGACUGAAGCCCAGACAGACAAGGAUGUGACCGGUGAAGAAGAGGACAAGUCAUGCAUACGUAUUUGUGAUCCAGCCAAUGAAGAAUUGGCUGCAGACCACCCUGAUUACUCACACGCUGAAGAAAAGAUGUCUGCCAAAGAACUGGGAGAGAACAGCCCAGAUGACACUAAAAGUAUUUUAGACGGUCCAUUCUACUGUCCUCACUGCAGUGUGGAGUUCAAGUGCAAGCAAACGUUUAGGUUUCAUUUAAGAAACAUCUGCUACAACGAGCAACAGGUGGACCCCGAUCAACCCGAUGACAUUAGGCACUGUUUUCGUUGCAAUGAGUGCGACAAGGCUUUCAAGUACAAAUCAACAUUAGACUCCCACAAGCAAACGCACAACCCGCUCUACUGCGAGGUGUGCAUGAAACUUGUGCGUGACUCUGAGGCUUUGUCCAUGCACAAGGAAUCGCACACGCCGUUCCAGUGCAACCAGUGUGAGGAGAACUUCCCUGUGUUCAAGUCACUGCAUAAGCACUACAUUGACGUCCAUAAUCCCACCGAGCCUUUCACGUGCACUCACUGCCAGACGACGUUUGCCAGUUUAAAGCGGUUCAUCAGACAUGAGUGGAAACACACUGGCUACCAGCCGUUUCAGUGCCCCCACUGCACAAAAAGAUUCCGAUCGUAUUCCGACCUUUUGGAGCACCAGAAAAAACACACCAAGGCGUAUCCAUUCCUAUGCUGGGAGUGCGGCAAGAAAUUCCGACAUGGCAUCACUCUGACCAGGCAUGUCGAGCGCGUGCAUCAGUCUGGCGAACCGCUGAGUGAUAAAGCCUUGCCGUCUUUCGCAUGCGCUCAGUGCGAGAAGAGCUUCACCUCAAGGAGAUGCCUCCUGAAACACGAUAACUUCCACCACAAAGGCAUGCGCUUCCCAUGUGAGCACUGUGGAAAGGGUUUUUUCGGUAAAGAUGCUCUUGUGAGGCAUACUUUGAUUCAUACAGGCGAAAGACCUUUCAAGUGCGACGACUGCGACAAGUCUUUCAGAUCUGCCGCAGAACUUAAGAUCCAUCGCAGAUACCAUACCGGAGAAAGGCCCUUUAAGUGUGGCGUCUGUGAAAAAGGUUUUGUCCAGUCGUGUUUUCUCACGCUGCACAUGCGGACCCACACUGGCGAGAGGCCAUAUGUUUGUGUUGUCUGUAACAAAGCUUUUUCCAGUUUACACGGCCUAAAAAGGCAUCGCAGGCUUGUCCAUGCAUAGUUUAUACAACCAAACAGAUCUUCUACAAAUGUCUUCCUUAAUAAGGGAAAAAAAGAGACAUGAGAAACUAAGUUUAAAAAAAAAUCUGCUCAUGAACACUUGACAAGUGCAGAAGCAAAAAGUGACAAUGGAAAGUGUAAAAUGCUUAUAAUGUAGGUGUAUUUUUACAGAAAUGUUUGCUGUAGUUCUACAUAAGGUUAGUAUGUACAAUUGAGAAAACAUUAACUUUGGGAAUAAAUUUUUUUCUUCGACACA